UUCAUGGGAACGCGGCCGGAUUAUUUCGCUCGAUUGGAGCGCGCCAAUCAGCCCGUUCGUUGCUAACGCGCCCGGAGGGUGAUAGACGAUACGUCGGAAUUGCUUGGAAUCGUUGGAAUCGUUGGAAUGGAGGUGUGUUAACGGUGCACUCGUACAUCGCCGGGGUCUCGCCAUUUUCUCAGUGCGUAAACCCGCCGUCUGUUCUGUCGCCCGUUGUUGGGUGUCGACGCGGUUGUUUGCUGUCGAAAGAGAGAGAGGGGGAGAGAGUGUGUCAACGAUAUUGGUGUCGCGAUCAAGGCACGCGAGCGGGACUCCAGACUCCGGAGCUAUGAACCAGCCAAGGAAUUUCACGUCAUUGUUGAAUCCUAGCUACUUGCAGAAUGCACAGCAACAGCAGCAACAGCAGCAGCAGCAACAGCAGCAGCAGCAGCAGCAGCAGAAUGCCGUGAGCGCGAACCCAGCGGUGGUGGCGGCGGCGGCCGCUGCUGCCGCCGCCGCGGUGAGUGCCGCGAUAGCAAACGGCACGCAGUCGAACGCAAACACGGCGAGCGCUGUAACGGCGAGCCGCAAGCGGGAAAUGGAUGGCGAUGGUAAACAGGAUAAAGAAUCGAAAGAUGGAGAACGUAAGAAGAGGAAAAAGACUAGAUGGAGUGGUAGCGAACAUGACAAAACAUUUAUACCAGGGAUGCCUACAGUACUACCGACAAAUCUUACUCCUGAUCAGGAGAAGGCUUAUCUUUUUCAGCUGCAGAUUGAGGAAAUCAGCAGGAAGCUACGCACUGGAGACCUUGGAAUUCCACUUAACCCUGAGGAAAGAUCCCCAUCUCCAGAGCCUAUUUACAGUAGCGAUGGCAAACGGUUGAACACGAGAGAGUAUCGUACAAGACGUAAAUUAGAGGAGGAACGUCAUAAUCUGAUUCAGAAGAUCCUCAAGAUCAAUCCAGAGUUCAAACCACCACCGGAUUACAAGCCACCAAUAAUACGAGUUCACGAUAAAGUAAUGAUUCCUCAGGAAGAGCAUCCUGAUAUAAAUUUUGUUGGUUUACUUAUUGGACCACGUGGAAAUACUCUAAAAUCUAUGGAAAAGGAAACUGGCGCAAAGAUUAUAAUUCGUGGAAAGGGCUCUGUAAAGGAAGGAAAAGUUGGCAGGAAAGAUGGUCAGCCUUUACCGGGAGAGGAUGAACCUUUACACGCAUACAUUACCGCAAACAAUUUAGAUGCCGUGAAGAAAGCUGUGGAACGAAUUCAUGAAAUUAUUCGGCAAGGGGUGGAAGUGCCGGAGGGUCAAAAUGACUUACGUCGCAAUCAAUUACGCGAGUUGGCUUUAUUGAACGGAACAUUACGUGAGAAUGAUGGACCUCGUUGUACCAAUUGUGGAGCUUCGGAUCACAAGUCUUGGCUGUGUCCCGAUAAACCAAAUGUGACCAACAACAUAGUAUGUUCAAGUUGUGGUGGUGCAGGGCAUAUCGCCCGAGAUUGUAGAUCAAAGAGACCCGGUCAAGGAGGUCCAGCAGCGGCCGGAAUGGGGGGAAUGGGUCAAGCUGGGGACAAGGCCAAGAUAGAUGAGGAAUACAUGUCGCUCAUGGCAGAAUUGGGGGAAGGCCCACCACCGGACAGAUCGAAAACAGGACAAAACAGACAGACUCCCAAUCCCAAUUAUCCCGGACUAUUUGAUAGACAACAACCACCUCGAGCGUUAAUGGCAGCUCCGGCGCAUCCACCGCCGCAAAUGAUGCAGGGCGGUCCGAUGAUGCCGCCGCCGGGCAUGGCGCCACCGCCGUGGAGCCAAGGAGGCGAAGGGAUGAACAACAUGAACAUGCAAUGGCAGCCGCCAGUGAGCAUGCCGCCGCCACCGGGAGUGAUGCAGCCGCCGCCACCUCCACCCGGCUCCACUACGCAGCCCAACAUUCCGCCAUUAAUGCCGUGGAUGGCCGGUAACAACCAACCACCGCCACCGGGUCAAAUGCCGCCUACGCAGAUUCCUCCGCCCGGCAUGGGCAUACCGCCGUGGCAACAAGGUCAGCAGGGACCGAUGCGGCCACCUCCGCCGGGCACGGCGCCGCCGCCAGGCUUCCCCGGUGGUUGGCAGCCACAACAGAUGGGUGGCUGGCCACCGGCUGCUCCGGUCCCGCCUCCGCCUCAACAACAGACUCCUGCACCACCUGGGAUCGACCUGAACACGCUGCCGACGUUACUCGCGCAACCACCACCGCCACCUCCGCCCACCAGUUAGUCCUAAUCACGUGACGAAUGACUUCCGAUCUAUGUAAUAACCGGACGACAUCAUUGAGAUAGAGCAAACUUUGAGGAAGAAGAAAAUAUGAAGGUAGAGGAGUAGAAGCUGCAAGAGGCAUUAUGUCCUAAUAGCAAGUCACUGAAAAAGAUGAAGAUAGAUGAGAAACUAGGAACGAUGUAAUUACCUUCAUUUAAGUGUCAGAUGAGUUUAUUUCGUUUUUCUUUUUUCCCCAUGUAUAAUCUUGCCUCGUCACGAGAAUAUUCUGGUGUGAUCAUUAAGAGAAUUUUGCAAGCUACGUAUAAGAGAGAGAGAGAUAUGUAUACAUAAAAAUUCAGACAUUGUAUUCAUAGAGCAUGUAGUUUUACCUAGUUACCGAUCUUACUUAAUUGCGAGUAAUAAACUGGAAUUUCGUACAAGACAUCAUGUGAAUGACAUUACAUCAUAAAUCACGUGUGGCGCACGAAUCCUACUGUAAGAGCACAAGUACAGCGAUUCUACAUUUUUUUUACUUUGUUCCAUUUCCGAACGUCGCUUCCGAAGUCGAAUCUAUCAAUGUUGACGAAUUGUAACAUAGGUAAAACAUUUGUUCAUAUAUUUUAUUUAUAUAUAGAUUUAAAUAUAUAUAUAUAUAUAUAUAUAAUACUCUAAAACUACACACACACAAUUAUAUACAAUACAAAUUGAUAACUCUUAGAAUAAGUAAUUGGUAAUAUUGUUUUUGAUAAAGGUGCAGAAUGAAGUUGCAGAAGUGAUAACAAUUUCUGCGGCAUUCAUGUAAUAUUUCAGAAAGUAUGCCAACUUAUUUGCAAAUUGGACAUAAAAACUUGUUACGUUUCGAACGAAAGAUUUGGACAUUUUAAAAUUAGUAAGAAACGACUCGACAUCACGCAAGAACGUCAAUUGAAUCGUGCGCUAGACGAAUGUCCAUGGACAGUAUUCUAUUCUUUCGUGGAGACAUAAACGGACGAAUCAUGUUACGACGGAAACAACAUUUGAAAUUACAAACGUCCAAGCGCAAUAAUUUCUUACAGUGUAUUGGAAGAGAUUUUCAGAGGCAAGUUUGCUGUCUGUGUUUUUCAAACUACACAUGUUACUUUGUGCUACGUUAGUAUUAUAUGUGUUAAAUGUAUAAUGAAUUAAAUUAUGGAUAGAGAUACACUAGGUUGCUCGCUAUGUAUUCUAAUUAUAAUAUAAUGAUAAUAAAUAUGUAUGAAAC